AGUGCACACUCUUAAUCUUGCUCUUAAGAACAUUUGUGCUGCGAAGGAAAUUGGAGUUGCUGCAUAUGCUUAUGAUGAAUGCCAUUAGAUCACUACUGUGAUUGAUGAUGUAAUGUUUGUGAAAAAUUUCAUCAUGAAUCAUUCUAUGAGAUUAGUUAUUUUUAAUGAGUUUGUACGUUUGAAGCUACUUUCUGUUGCAAAUACACGCUUUGCAUCUGCAAUUGUUAUGCUAAAAAGGCUUAAACUUAUAUAUCAUGGUCUCCAAACAAUGGUGAUAAGUGACAAAUAGGCUUCUUACAAGGAAGAUGAUGUUGGGAAAGCAGCUGUUGUAAAAGAAAAGUUGUUGAAUGAUGUUUGAUGAGAUAAGAUUGAAUAUAUACUCUCAUUCACAUUGCCUAUUUAUGAGAUGCUUAGAUUUUGUGACACCGAUAAGCCAUGUCUACAUUUGGUUUAUGAGAUGUGGGAUUCAAUGAUUGAACAGGUGAAGGCAUCCAUCUAUAGGCGUGAAGGGAAGUCAGAAAAUGAAAAGUCAUCCUUUUAUUCUGUAGUGCAUCAAAUAUUAGUGGAAAGGUGGACAAAAAGUAGCACACCUCUUCAUUGCCUUGCUCAUUCUUUGAAUCCAAGGUAUUAUAGUGGGAUGUGGCUUCAUGAAAAUCCCAUUCGUGUUCCUCCUCACAAAGAUGUUGAAAUUUCUGAGAUGAGAAUCAAGUGUUUUAAAAGAUACUUUCCUGAUUCAGAUGAGAGAAGGGUUGUUAAUAUAGAGUAUGCAAAGUUUUCAGGUUGUUUAGAAAGUUUUAGUGACUUUGACUCAAUAUGUGAUAGAGGGGUAAUGGAACCAAUGGUUUGGUGGUUGGCACAUGGCUCUUCUGCACCUAUGCUCCAAUCUUUGACAGUGAAAUUACUUAGCCAACCAUGUUCCUCAUCAUGUUGUGAAAGGAAUUGA